AAACACUUUAAAAUUGAAAACUUGCGAUUGUAAAUGUGAGAGUAAAAAAAUAUCCAAAGCAUGUCAAUGUAGCUCGUCGGUAAUUACAGUGGAAUGCAACAACGUCUCUAAAUGCGAGGAAUACCAGAUGAAGAUGUUCCAUGCGCGCGACAAAGAGGAUGGAAACUCGAAAGAAUGUAACUGUACGACUGUGUGUACAGAAUAUGAUAACGAACAAUCGAAGAAAAGUCGGGCACCAAUGAAAUAUAGUUCAAAAGAUUAUCAGAUUAAUAAUGGAUACUCAUCGAGCUUGAAUCAAAAUGGUCGUAUCAAAUUGUGCGAUUGUUCCAACGAUUGUUUCUGCGAGAAUAAUCGCGAGCCGGAAGUUCAAAACGCAAAAGUGUUGUGUAGUUGCCAUUCAAACGGAAGAGUUCAAUACAACAACGGAGCUCACUUCCACGGGGAAGCGGAAGAUUGUUCGGUUCAAUUGUGGCCUUAUUGGGUGAAUAAUGGACAAACAAACGAAACGGCUCAGUACAAAGUACAAAGCAAUGUAAAAUGCAAAUGCGAGAAAGAUUGUUUUUGUAAUAAUAGGGGGAAAAGUAGCGAAGAAAUAUCUCAUGGCAAAGCGUGCACCAGUGGCAAACCAAAUUACGUAGACGAAGCGAAUCAAACGAGUGAUUCCGAUAGAAAUUGUAAGUACUGUUGUCGCUGCGGUGCAGCUUAUGUCAAGAAAUGUAAUUGUAAUCAAAUGUAUCCGAAACCGAUCGCGUAUGAAUUGUCGUUCGUUAAAGAGAAUGGCCAGAAGAAUGAUAAUUUGGGUGCGUUGCCAAAAGUGCCAUUAUCAAAUCGUAGUACUUACGAAAAUAAAAUAGAUGGCUGUGUUUGCAACAUGAUUAAAAAAGUUAGUUCAAAGAAAAAUUCUCCGCAAAAAAAUACUUUACAAGAUUAUUUGUCUAAGAAUAAAGCAGAUUUUGUAAAUAAUGCGGAAACGCGUCGACAAUAUAUGUCGGAAAUAUCUCAUUUGCGUCAAUUACGGAAGGAAAAACGAAUACAAUUGUUGGCUAUGGCUAGCACGUCGAAUGUUAUAAAAUCGACGAAAUCUUGUUGUAAACCAGUUCCACAAAAGAAAAUGAGCAAUGAACAGAUGAGGGAAAGAUUGCGAAAACGAUAUCUUCGUUUGAACGAAGUGCGGUAUAAACGGCUGCAACGAGAAAAGCAAGAAGAGGCGCGACGUAACAAACUUAUGGCCAAAAUUUUUUGUAAGAAAUUGCAGCAGAAGGUAUUGAGGGGCCAAGUAGAUCUGUCUCAAAGUGUUAGCGUUAUAUCCAACUUGUAAUGUUAAUGAAAUAUUUGCGUGUGCAUAGUUUAAAUGUCAAUUAGCGGUCUGACAAUUGUACAGACAAUAGAAGAACGUACAAAUUAUUUUACCUUUCAACCUGAAAGGAUUAUUAAAGAUUUUUGUUUUCAGAAUCUUCUUCUUGAUUAUUACUUUUCUCUACUUUCAAUACUGCAUAAUACGUACUAACAUUGUGUUACUUUUUAAUUAGAAGACGUGUUUUUAAAAUUAAUGAUUUUAAGAUGUGCAUGAAUGUAUAAGAAAGUUUGCGUGUAAACACAACACAGAAUGAUAACGUAAUUAGAUCCAAGUAAUUUAGAUUCAAGAAUCUUUGACACGCAUCAUGAUUAAGAUAUGUAAUGCGUUGUUCUACAUAUUUGUGCCUAGAAUUUAUGAUAUUUAACAUUGAAUUUAAGGAUCUUUGUCUUGCCAAGAUAUUUUCAUACUAAAAGUAAACAACCGCUGCACAUAUGUUAAAUCUAAACAUGAUGAUGCAAUAAUAAUUUUCAUUAUCACGUGAAACAAUAGGGAACUUCGUAACAUUGAGAUUUUAUAUUUUAAUAGUAAAAUGUUUCGAAAACAAAAAACUGCUGCGUCGAAAAAAAAAGCGUUCGUUUGGAAAUACAUCGCUUGUUCGUGGGAAAUUGAAAUGCUUUAAGAUGAUGAAAGUAGUUAUUAGUACCUGAAUUACAGUACACAAUUCUUUGCUAUGCAUAAGACUUAGAUAAUAUAAUCUCUUGGAUUUUUACCUUUAAUAUUUUACCAUUUUGUACGACGAUUAUACUCAUUUGGUUAAUAAAGAUAAAGUGAAUCCUUGAAACAAUA